AUGGAUCCUAAUAUGGGGAAAAUGACUGAGUGCUCCGCGUCCCGGGAGUCCCAGGGGAGCGGCGACCCCGAGUUCCCAUGCAACUCGUUCCUCCGGGACAAGGCGGCGGCGGCGGCGGCUGGGGGAACGCGGCCGCCGGGGGCAGGCAUCGGGCCUGGGGCAGGCGGCUCCUCGGAGCCCUCGGCUUGCAGCAGCGACCAUCCGAGCCCGGGCUGCCCGCUGAAGGAGGAGGAGAAGCAGCAGCAGCAUCCGCAGCCGCCACCGCAGCAACUUGACCCAAACAACCCCGCUGCCAACUGGAUCCACGCUCGCUCCACCCGGAAAAAACGCUGUCCCUACACCAAAUACCAGACGCUGGAGCUCGAGAAGGAAUUCCUCUUCAACAUGUACCUCACCCGGGACCGGCGCUACGAGGUGGCCAGGAUUCUAAACCUCACAGAGAGACAAGUCAAAAUCUGGUUCCAGAAUCGUAGGAUGAAAAUGAAAAAGAUGAGCAAGGAGAAAUGCCCCAAAGGAGACUGA